AUGACACUAAAUAGGAACGCUAAACAGACUCAAAUUUUAACCAGAAAUCCUAAGGUUAACGUGGAUCCCAUCCUUGCUGGCCGUGAAGUUGAUAAAAGGUAUUCGGUAUGCAUAGUAUCUAGACCAACUGACAGUAUUCGGAUGUAUAUCAAGUCCAUUCAGGAUAAACUACAUAUGAUUCCUGGAGUCUGGUUAACCCCUCCCGAUCAACUUCAUACAACUGUGAUGGAAAUCGUACAUUCAAAGCCUCCGGCUGAAAUUGAGUCCAUCGUCCACGCUUUGAAAACCGUCUUUCCUAAAAUAUGUGAUAUGGCGUGUGAAGUUUCGCUGGUUCAUAACCCAUUAGUGAACUUCGAUGCCAAUGCCAUAGCAUUAUCUUUUACUUCUACUUGUUCUUCUCAUAUAGAACAGCGGGUUAGGGUAUACGACUUCUUAACAAGUCACGGUAUCGAUGUGCAACCUCGCUAUGUGGGUCCUUCCUUACACAUUACUAUUGCACGAUUCACCGAGGAACUUCCCGAAUAUCAAGUUUUGAAAUUACUCCAAUUAAUAAAGGAGCUCAAUCAAUCCCUCGAAGAUAUCGAAUGGAAGGUAGGCAACUUAGAGCUUUGCUCUGGAGCUAUUUGGUAUGGUCAACAUGGAAAAAUGUAUCAAUGA